CUGAAAAUAAAUAUGGCGUCUGGAGGUUUGUGAUCAAAGCAACAACAUCAUCAAAUCAUCGCUCAUUUCUCUCUUAAAAAACUCCAAAAUUCGAGUUUCAAAUUGAAGUUAAGAACCAUGAAUGUCAUUUUAGCAGUAAAGCAAUAUGUCACCAAAAUGAUCGAGGACAGUGGACCAGGGAUGAAAGUUCUUCUUAUGGACAAGGAAACUGUAAGAGAUCAAUAAUCUGUCAUAACAUGACCACCCUUUGCUUAGAUCUUCAUUUAAAAAUGUCUUUUUUUUCUUAUAUUGUAGAUGAUUUAAUAUCAAUAAUUUACACAAAAAGUGGGAUUUGGAUUUCAAUUGAAUUGAUUUGAAUUGAAUUUGAAAUCUGUAUUAUAGUUAAUACAUGUAAGCUUCCAUGUACACUAAGUAAGUCCAGGCUCUUACACACAAAAAUUACACGUAAGCGGUCACUGCUGAGACCAGAGAGAACAGUCCAUCUAAGAGACGGGGGAUGUAAGUAUUUCAAAACCUGAAGUGAACAUCACAAUAUUAUUAUUACUUAUUUGAUCUAUAUACACUCUUCUUCUUUAUUUUAACACUCGUGUAAUUUUGCACUUGUUCCAAAGAAGAACUCUAAAACUAGAGCUAAAAAAAUUGUCAUAGAAAGAAAUUAACGUAAAAGAAACCAAGUGUAAGUCUGUGUAGGGAGUUAAAAUUUCAGAUGCAAUGAAAUAAUGAUUUUCACUAUAAUUUUGAUAAUUUAUUACAUGUUAUUUAUUAUUUCAUUCAUAUAUUUUCUUGUUUUGUCAAAGACUGGAGUUGUGAGCAUGGUAUAUACUCAAAGUGAAGUUUUACAGAAGGAAGUUUAUCUUUUUGAAAGAAUUGACACUAGUGGACGGGAAACGAUGAAACAUCUGAAAGCAAUAUGUUUCCUACGCCCAACAAGAGUAAGUUGCCAAAAUAUGGUCACGUCAGUUUCCUUUUGUUGUUAGCCUGCGUAGCAAGCAUAUCCUUGCGAGGUUCGUCUAGAAAGCUGGGACAAGAGCAAAAAAAAAUGAAUGACGGGGGAGGGGGAGGGGAAAGAAGGAACCGCUUGCCCACAAACCCCACUAUUUUCCAGAAUCGUGGGGUUUGCGGGGAAGCAUUUCCUCUUCUCCCCUCCCCCUCCCCUUUCAACCAUUUUUUUUGCUUCCGCUCUAACUUUGGAGCAAUAACUCGAUUGGAAACGCUUGCUACGUAGGCUAUUUUGUUGUAGGAGGAUGUGAUGACCAGAUAAUUUAAGACAGAAGAUUGAAAAGAUAUCAAAUAUUAAAUUCCCAUGUCACUACAACACAAUAGCUAGCCAAUAAUGUUUUCUGCAGCACCAAGAAACAUUUAAAAUGAUUAACCCUUUAAGCCCCAGUAUCCACAUACAAAUUCUCCAAACUGAUCUCCAUGCGUUUCCUUUAAGAAUUAGUUCAGAGAAUUUAAUAAAACAUCAAGGCAUUUUCUCAUUCGUGAUCAUUUUUUAUAUCCUCACAACCUUAUCUGUUGACAAUGUAUGGACAUUGUUAGGAGAAAAUUGCUGUUGGUCACUAUUGGGACUUAAAGGAUUAAAUGCAGCAGCCCUGGGCUUAUAUCUUCAUAGCAGGUUUUAGGAGGGCUUGCAAUGGAGGGGCUUAAAUCCAAGGGGGUUUAUAAAACAGAACUGAAAAAAGGCAUCAAAACAGGCUUAGGCAGUGUUGAACAAAAUACAUUUUACAUUUACUGGUGUUUACAAAACAUUGUAAUGAAUCAAUUUAUCCAUUUGAAUCAGUGAUUUUGUUGCAAAUAGUUAGCAUGAGUCCUUGGACUCAUCUUGUGAAAAGUCAUGAGUCCCAGUCCAGAACCAAUGAGUCCCAGUAAAAAUAAAAACAAGCCCAAAAUUGAAAAUGUUCGGGCAUUUAUGUGACCAGACGGACUCUGGCACAAAUCUCUGUUUUACAGUACAGUCAAACCUCCAUGUGCGACCACAUCUUGUAAGCGACCUCCUCCUAUAAACAGUAGCCAAUCCAAAACACCAAAAUUUUCCCAGUCAAAGCCUAACAGUUGGAACCUCUUGUAGAUGACCACAUCCCGUAAGCGACGGCGACCACUUUUUGGGCCUAACAGUUAAUGAUUUACCAUUGUUUUUAACUUCUUGUAAGUGACUACUUGAUGCAUUCGACGAUUCAUUCUUUGUAUCUUUGCUGUGUGCACUAUGCUACUUAGAAUAUACAAGAAACUUUAUUGACAACAUGGAACUACACAUGUCGUGACUUAGACAUUGCAUGCAAUGAAUUAUCUUCUAUAAAGCAGAUGUGCCUGGACCUCUUCUCAAAAGAGACCUCCUGUGGUCCAAUUCUUGUAAACGACCAUCUCCCGUAAAGGACCAUUAAGUCUUCGCAUUUUGGGUUGUCGCCUGCGGGAGGUUCGACUGUAUACUGAAAUUAAAAUAUAGUCCUUCUAUAUUAAAGAACAAUUAACAAAGGCUAAAAGAAAUAUGCAUCAUUAAAUAACAGCCAUAUAACUGCCACAGUAAUUACACGAACGGGAUAUUUCUACAAAUGCACAUGUUGAGAUGGAUUGAUCUUUGCGUCCUAUGAGACACAUGCCACAAAUUAGUUUGUGUCUUUGGGGAUUUCUAUGUGUCAGGGAUGCAGGACGCACAGGUAACAAAAUCUCUGUUAAAUACAUUUGGAGAAGGCUUAUAAUCGCAUCUAUUUUUUGUUUACAGGUAGGUGGGCCUAUAACUGGGGGGAAGGGAGGGCGCUUAUGACUGGGGGUUUAUAGGGUCAUCAUUAAGGGCUGGGGGGCCUUUUUCCCCGGCUAUUAUAAACAUGACCCCCGCCUACUUUUGUAGGAAAAUGGAAGAAAAAUAGAACCAAACAAAAUCCCUAGUUGUUGGAUUCCCCACCAACUUGUAUCAUUAAUAGGCUGAUUGAGCAACAGGACGGGAACGUCAGUUGAUGACGGGAAAGCGCGCAGAAAGGACUAAACACGACUUCCAGUGCUCAAUUUGCAGCUCUGCCAUUGGUCAAGCCAGUUGUUUGAUUUGCACGAACCGUCGUCAACUGACUCCCUUUCUGUUGCUAAAUCAGCCUAAUAUAGCCCAGCAACUUGAAAUUUUAAUGAGAGCCCUGGGCUUAUAAGCACUGGCAUUAUGGUUGGGUAUGAGUGAUUUUGACACUGACACUGUGUCAUUAUGAUGAAGUGAUGCAGAAAAUUAAGAUGUGACUUGUUAAUAUUUAUAAGCACUUUCCAUUAUUUUAUUCCUUUUAGGAGAAUGUUGAGCAUCUUUGCAGUGAACUGAAAAAUCCCAAGUAUGGGGUAUAUUAUUUGUGUAAGUUUUUAUUUCAUUUGAUACAAUAUCAUGCAUUAUAAUCAAACACUUCUGAUAAGCUAGUAGUACUCUUAAAAGAAUUUUUUUUGGAAAAGUGUCUAAAACAUGGUUUGUUUAUUUUAUACAACUGUCAGCACUAAAUAACAUUUAUUUUUUACACAGUCCAGAGCUGAUUAUAACCAUAGUAAAUUAUUGAUUUGCAUUGUUUAGAUUUCUCCAAUUUCAUUGGCAAGCCAAGUAUUCGUGCUAUUGCAGAAGCUGAUGACCACGAAGUUGUCAGAGAAGUACAGGUAAACAUCUUUAGGUGAUUUCUGUAGGAGUAAACAUGAUUAAGUUUAGGACUACCCAUUAUCACUGUACAUGGUUAACUACACUUAAAUAUAUUUUGAAAUGCACUGGAAGGUACAGGAUUUUUUUCAAGAGAGCAAGGGUAUGUAGUCACAAAGGGGGACACUUUUUGAUCCAAUUUGAGGCCAUAAAUGGUCAUCUACAUGUACUCAAAUCUUGGUUACAAAGGAUAUGUUUUGAUUCAAUAAGAUUUUUUCUGUAUUAUUUACCAAAAUUAGUAACAAAGUGGUUGAAUCAGUUCUUUUCAUUUCUUUUUCUUGUACUUUUGACAGGAAUUUUACUCUGAUUUUUAUGCUGUUAGCCCUCAUGUGUUUACUCUGAACCUUCCAAAUUGUUCACGGGUAAGUAAUUUUGUUAAGUAAGUUUUAUUUUCUUUUGUUUUUUUUUCUUUUUGUCAUUUUGCUUUGUUUAGCCUAGAACUAUGAUUAGUACGGCUAUCUAAUAUACUUAUUUUAAGAUUUACUGAAGCUCUGCCAUUGAUUUUCCCAUGUGUAAUCAUGAUAAUAUUUUGUUCUAAUUAUCUAACUGAGGGAGCCCAUUCCUUAUAAGCCCGGUGGCUUCUCUUGGGCUUCCUCGCCAUGAGAGUUUAAGUAAUUAGAUUUUAUUUGAUUUGUACAAUUUUUGGCAAACAAAACAAUAAACAAUAAACAAUUUAUACAUAUAUUUAUAACUAGGUUUUUCCUAUGUUCAAUAUUGGUCCAUAAACCCUCAUAACAGUUUCCCACUUUCUAGAUGUCAGUUAGAUUUACAGCUAACAUUCAACGGCACCUCAACAAAAUAUAUAAUUUAAAAGCUUGCUUGUCAAAAAAUUUAUAAUAAAAAUGUUUCAUCCUAGCAGAGUAGUAGGAGAUCUAGAGUUUCGUAGAUAAAAAAGAGCAAUAAGUUCCUUUACCCUGAUUUUUCUAAAGUUUUUUUAAUGCUCUUCUAAUUUUUCUUUUAAGUACUAAUUUUUUUCUGACGUCUUCUUUCAUUCAUCUGUAUUUUUUCAGGAAUGUUAUACCCUUUUACAUCAAAUUAUUCAUUAUUUUUGUGGAGUUUUCACACGAUUGAACCUCUUGUUAAAAAAUUAUUUAUAUAUUUACAUGAGUCUCUCUUCAGACUGGUAUUUAAUAGAGCAAUUAGCUUCAUUGAAUGCGCUGUACCGCAUCCUGUUAAGCGUUUUACCUAACCUUUCAAGUAACUUGGAAUUGUUGGAAUUGUUAUUAAAAUAAAAUACUGUUUCAGGCUGGAGCAUGGGAUAUAGAUGCUAUCGACCGUGCUUGUCAGGGGAUAUUGGCAGUGUUACUCUCAUUAAAGAAAUGUCCAAUAAUUAGAUACCAGAAUUCAUCUGAGAUGGCUAAGAGACUAGCUGAGAAUAUAAAGGUAGGUAUAUAUGUGUCCUGUGUAUUUGUUACAAGUGCCACUGUCAGGGAAUCAUAAUUAUGGUCUACCCUUGCGUCAGCCUGUGAGAAAGAAAAACAGACUCGGAAUAUAUUAAACAACUGACAUUUACUGUAUUGUUGAUAAUAGACUUUAUGGUUAAUAUAAAAUAGACAUGUGCUUUGUUUUAAUUUUUUAAUGUUAUUUUCAGCAUAAAAUAAACGAUGAAGCACAAUUGUUUGACUUCAGGAGAACGGAUGUCCCUCCUCUUUUGUUGAUUUUGGAUAGACGAGAUGAUCCCGUGACUCCAUUAUUGAAUCAAGUAAGUUCCAAAUGUGACUAGUACAUCACCGCAUGUACCUUUAACUUCAUUUGCCCAAUUGACAAGUAUGCCCAAAGUAUGUGAGUGACACAAUGUGUAGUUCCAGAAAAUAUCCAUGCUCCCCCCAAAGAAGGGAUCUCAAAGGCCCAAACAUUUAAGUAAAUGUAUGAAGCUUGACUGGAAUUUCCAGAGGGGUAGAGGGGUCUAAGGAAAAAUCCAUUCCAUGGGGGAGGUAUGGAUAAUUUUUGGAACCACACAAUUAAGACUGAGAGGCUGUUUGGUACCACGCAAGCCUGAGCAAGAGAACAUUACACAGGGCUUUCAAAGUUCUAUCCAAUGGUCGAGGUCCAGGUUGGUAAUUUUGUGUGUUCACUUACGCAAUGAACAUCCUUGCUAGAGGAGGUUUAGCUCUUUUCCCUGGUAUUCUGUGGGUGGGGGAAAAGACUGAUGAUCACUCAGAUCUUUUCCUCCUGCCUGCUGAACGCCAAGGAAAGGAUGGGCCUCUGCUAACAAGGAACCAAUGAGCAAGGGUCCGGUAAGUUAUCUUCCAGCUAAUUUGUAAAGACACACAUUCAGUGGCCUCAGCAAGCUAUAAACUAGAAUGACUUGACCAAAGGACAAGGUGGCAUUCAAGUUUUUUCAUACCUUGUUUUGAUUUUUUCUUAGACCUGGCUAUUUAACAAUAAUUAUUAUUCCUCGAGCCCGAAUUGGCUCUGAGUCAAUAGUCCAUGAGGCUGAAGGCCAAAUGGGCUAUUGACUCAGAGGCCAGGAGGGCGAGAGGAAUAAUAUUGUGUUAGUAAAAUCCAACCAGUUGGUCAAAAAUAUAGAGACAAAACAACUUAAGCUAGUUAAAGCUAGACUUUAAGCCUUUUUUGCCACCAAAAAGCCAGCGCUUUGCGCUACUAGUGGGCUAUAACAAAUAGCCUAGUAGUAGCUCAACCACGCUACUAGUGGGCUAUAACAUAUAGCCUACUAGUAGCUCAACAAAUCAGGAUGCAGCAUUGAUAAUAGACCACUAGUUGGAUUUUUCUAAUGCUGAAUAGACAGUUCACUUUUCUGGUCGUUUCUUGGUGUUGCAGACGGUUGCAAUCACCAAAAUAAUGACUUUGAAAAGACACCAAACAAUGCCCACACCACAACGCAAAAGUGAACCAACAUUAGUUUCUGCAACACCAAACAGACACCCACUUUUCCCUGAAAAAAUUGUUAAGUCUGGCCCUGUUGAGUCAGUAGCAGUGAUAUUAUUCUGUGUAAAUGUUUGGUUCUUAAUGACAAGAAAACAUUUUGAAGUCUCCUCAUUCGCUGUUUGGUUCUUGAUUUCUUGUAAUAUUAUAUUAGUGGACGUAUCAAGCCAUGGUUCACGAGCUGAUUGGUAUUAGAAAUAACAGAGUUGACAUGUCAAGGUGUCCUGGUAUUUCCAAAGAGCUACAGGUACUGGCCAUUACAGUUAUUACAUUUGAGCUAUUGGAGCUGGUAACUGAUCUCCUCUUAUUAAAAGUAGGAAUACAAUUUGAGCGGCCCUUCCCCUUAACCCUUUAAGCCCCAAGAUCCACAUACAAAUUCUCCAGACUGAUCUCCAUACCUUUCUUUUAAGAAUAGUUGAGAGAAUUUGGUUUAAGAUCAAAGCAUUCUCCCUUUGGUAAUCAAUUUAGUAAUUCUCAUAACCUUUACUCUUGAUUAUCUGCUGAUAUUGUUAGGAGAAAAAUUGAUGUUGGUAAACGCGUCGUUCUGAGAAAAAGGGGACCUAACGUCGGGUUAAAUUUCGACUUGAAAUCAUAUCCAUCGCGCACGAUCCCGAAGUCUGGACAGACUCUAAACCGUGAAUGCAAAAGAUGAAAUCGUUUUUCAUCGGGUCGCCCCUAUUUUUUCGUGAGAUCGUUUAGAUAUACCGCGUACGUCUUACCGUCACGGCUAUCUUGAUUUUCAAAUCUACCGAGUGGGCGGGCGUCGGGGAUUAGAGCUCGGAGGGGUGGGGGGGAAAAUAUUUUUCUCGCUUCCUCCCAAACCGCCCCUGCCCCCUAGGUAGUUUUGACACUCAUGCAAGAUGGGUAGCCCGUAACGCAAAGCUCUCGAUCUCGAUGAUCUUACGGAAAAAUAGAGGACUGUGAACAGUCUAAAAUAAGAUUGAGUUGUAACACCAAUUCAUAACUCAGUGAAAAGUUGGCGCGAUUAUUGUAAAAACCGUUUGAGUUAAAGGCAGAUUUCUGUAAAGCGAAAAAAUACAGUAGACAGUGUUGCAGAUUGUCUGCUUUCACACCAGUUUUUUUAAGAAGCAAAAGAGCUAACGACAACUGUCGAUCAUAUUUUAGAGAAGGGUACAGUGAAACCCAGUUACCGGGACCACUCAAGGGCCAUUGAAACCUGGAAACAUUAAGGAGGAGGUCGCAAUAACAAGGCGGUCGUAUUAACAAGAAGGGUUUCAGCAAGAAAUUGACUGAUGAUUUUUUUUCUUGUGCUUUUGGGCUAAAAUAACGUACCGUAAAUGACCCAAUAAUCGUCCGGAGCAUCUUUUUAAUUCUGGGAGCCCAAGACAAGCGAGAGCGUUUAAUGGAUAGGAGGCGUUUAUUGCCAUAACUGCAACAAACUCCACAAAACUAACAUGCUUUCGGCAAAUAUAUCAGAGCACGGUAAAUAAAUAGCAGACCAUACAGUACAUCCAUUGAUGCGUCGAGGCCGUUCAGAGAUCAGUUUGUCAGAAUCCUUAUUUUGAAUUUGCCGUUAGACAGGAUUCAAACUCUUGUUAAUCAAACAAGAAACUGGAUGAAUUGAAUGAUUUUGCUCUGUCAUGCAGGGCGUCUAUUAUACACGGGGUGUUUAUCAGAGGGGCGUCUAAUAAGAGGGCGUUUAUUAGACAAGAGGCGUUUAUUUGAGAAAGGGUGUCUAUGAGAUCAUUUACGGUAGUAAGAUGUAAUAGUGAGGUAGUCGCAUAAUCAGGUUGGUCCCAAAGUAGCCUGGUUUUGCUGUAAUUUCUUGUCUAACUUUAAUUUAACCCUAACGCAAACCUGGGACAAUCUUAUACAUUCCUUUGAUGAAAAUACGACUUACCCAGUUUCUUUUGUUUCCCUGUCAUUUGCUGUACAUUUACCUAGUACGGCAUCAGUUUGUUUUUCCUUUUCAUUCUCUUUCUUAUCUUUUUGCUUACGAAUUUGACAGGAAGUUGUUUUGUCAGCUGAACAUGACGAGUUUUACCAAAAGGUAAGUUUAUAGACUACAAAGCCGCCACCAUGCAGAUAUAUAUUUAAUAAAGUCAUUUUUUCUUAACCCUGGAAAGCUGACUCGCCAAUACAGCACCUCAACACAGUCUGCUCAUUCUUAAUCGAGACCUCUAUUAGACGGACACGAACAGACUUUCCCAUGUGCUAUAAAGUAGUUACCUGUUCAUUGACUUUUUCUCCUUUUCUUCUCUCGUUUUUGAAACAGAACUUGUAUUUGAAUUUUGGAGAAAUUGGUCAAAACAUUAAGACGCUGAUGACAGAAUUUCAGCGAACUGUGAAGAGUAAUCAACAACUGGAGUCCAUCUCCGACAUGAAAGUAAGAUCAGUUUAAUCUUUGCCAAAUCCGAUCCUUUCACGCAGAUUUGCUUCGCCCUACCACCUAGUUUCUCCCCGUACUAUUGUUAACUGUUUGAACAUUAUUGUUGUUCGUUUUCUUAGCUCUUCUGUUCAUCGUUACAGUUGGAGUCAAAAAUUGAGUUUGAUUCAACAGUUUGUUUAGGCGGUGGUCAGUGUUUUCCUUCGUGUAAAAGGUGGUUUUAUCUUUUGAAUCUGUGGAUGAAGUUGCUAACUGUGAGCAUUCAAGUAAAAGCUACGGAGCAGCAGUUUCCUGUGGUACUGUUUAUUACGCUGUACAGGGUGGUUCGAACUUUUGAAUCUGUAGAUGAAAUAGUUAAUAGUGUGACCAUUCAAGCCACUGAAUGGUUCUUUGGUAUUAAAGGUCGCGCCGAGUACCCGGCAGUACUUUGGGGUAUGAGUACAUCGUUUACAUUGGUUUUGCGAAACUGUAGAUAAAGAACGUCGAGCGUAUCCAGUAUGCCAGACCGACCGGUCAGAGGCCAGUGGAACUAAGCAAGGAAAAGUCAGAAGACAUUGUUUGCGAUCGAAACAAAGUUUCCAACCGAAUCGCAGCACUUCACUUACGUUUUGACCGAAGUUUUGAUUACUUCUCGGUAUAAAAGUAGGACUAGAAGCUGUAGUAUAAUUUUUGAAAAUCGAAACGGCAAGUUUCGUUCAGACCGUGCCAUUUAUAAUUCGAACGAAAUUUCAGAACUAGGACUUGAAAUUUUGGCUUAAUGGAAAACACCCUAAGUAAUCAUUCUCAGAAGAAUCAAAUCAAUCAAUAGAAGGGUUUGGUUAAAAACGCACCGUUGAAUACUGUUGUGUAGCAGAGUUAAAGACCACCCGAGUACUUUCCUUCAAGUAGUUCUACCCGUUAUGAUGUUCAAGAAGGCUCUACCGUAUUGAAUCUCAAAUGGAUGAAAUCUUCGGUUGAUCAACUAAACGGGAAGUUUAAGGGCUGUUCUUGUUCUUAGCUUUGUUAGAUUUUGACAGGUUUUGAAAACUGGCGGCUUGUAAUGUGUUGCUUGCGGUAAUUUUAUGCUUUUGUAGCUUUUGCAAGGGUAACUGCAAUCCUGCACAAAAGUCCUUGAGACAGUAAUGUAGUAUUCAUAAUUUUCCGUAAUUUCUGGGUUUCGUCAUAAAACAUUGCAUCCUUCUCGAAAAUUGCUUGCAGUUUUCCCUCCCCACCCUAUACCAGGUUGAAAUUUGGGAAAAAUUCUGGAGACAAAGGUUUUUGUGGGGCGGGGUCGGGGAGGGGGUUGGGCAUGUGUGAAUUGAAAAAAGCCCCACAAAUGCAAAUUUGUCCCGAGAUAUUUGUUCUUUUUUUGUAGUUGUAAUUGUGCUUAUCGUGUUGUCUGCUUAACAGGCCUUCGUGGAAAACUAUCCGCAGUUCAAGAAAAUGUCAGGAACCGUUUCUAAACACGUGACUAUUGUGGGCGAGUUAUCCCGUCUGGUGACCGAAAAAUCGCUUCUAGAUGUCUCCGAAGUCGAACAAGACCUAGCUUGUCAGAAUGACCACUCUUCUGCUCUCCAGGCAAGUAUUUCUAUAACCGUCAUUUAAACUCCUAGACAGUCCUUCAGACUUUUUUGCAACUCCACAGAUCUUGCUCAGGAUAAUUUCAGAUCGGGGUCAGACUAACUGCGCUUUUCACAAACAUGCGAAUUCUGAAGUUCAAAAGCCAACUGACGAUUGCGUUUUUCGCUGCCGUCAAUCAUCUUAACGGACCUCUUAGGAAACAAAACUUUAGUUUAACGGGUUUAAAAGGUCAUGGAUUGUGACUUCUGAUUGGUGGAUUUCGAUCCGUUUUGUGAGUUUCUGUGUUUCAAGGUUCGUUGCUUGUGAUCGUAAUUAUGAUUGACGACAGGGAAAAACGCAAUUGUGAAGGCGGCUUUUGAACUUUAGAGUUCGCAUGUUUGUGAAAAGCGCAGUAAACAGUUUGCCUCUCCUGAUUACUUGAAAGAACCUUUAUGUCGCUAGUGAUUUUUGACAUUUCUAAAAGUGUCAUCCAGUUUGGUUGUUUGCGAAGUUUGAGCAUAUGAACUCAGGGGAGAAACAAACGCGUGAAAAGCUAAAAACUAAAAUUAGUUUUUAAAAUUAGUUCAUCACCAAUUAUCCACUUUCACAGUGCCGGAUAGUUGAUACAGAUGGUAGGCAAAGUGAUUAUAGACAAUAAGUUUGUGGCCCAGCAGGCUUGGUAGUACCCUGGGCUGGUACCAGAGGUUUUUUUUCGUGUUCGGCCAUUGAGUGCGGCGAAGAUGCUUCGGAGAUGGGUCCUUAGAAAUAGAGAGCUUUAGAUUCGAGGACGAGGACGACUGCGAGCACGAGAUUGUCUCAAUACUAAGUAUUGUGCGCGCGUGAGUUGGUGGGAAAACGUGAUAGCCGUCGUCAUUCUACGACUGGUUUUGUGGCGGCAACAAGUUAUCAAAAUAAAUGUGAGAAGUUUUAUCAUUUUGCUAUCGGGAGAGGGCUUAACCUGCUUCAGUAUAAAUAACCAUACUAACUUUUUUUGGUGAAAAAAGUAAAAUGAAGCUUUCCGGAGUGGCUUUUUAUUUUUUGAAAACACGCGUAAAAACUUUAAGUUAAAUCUCGUACUGGUACUCGUUCUCGUCCUCAAAUCUAAAGCUCUCUAUUACUUGACCGAAACCGGAAACCGCGUACGAAAAGUCUCUGGAACCCAGGGUAGCUUGGUGGUAGUUGAAACCGUCAUCAACUUUCAUAAGUGUUUUAGACACCUGUGGCCUCGGCGUAAAACUCUGAACUGGCCGAAAUCUUGUGCGAUGCCGCAACCUGUGUGUUUGCAUUACCAUGUUGUACUAUUCAGACGGCUGUCCUGAUUUGAGUUAUUAUUGUCUUAGAGUAUUCGUCGUCUGCUGGCAAACGAUAACGUGACUGAACUUGAUAUGAUGAGAGCGGUGUCCCUGUACGCGUUGUAAUGACGCCUGUUAAACGUUAGGAGUCAGCGAGCACUAUAAGAAAAACACAGCUUGACUGUUGUAAUGACGUUGUCAGAUCUGACAUAGGUAUCGAUGUUAAAUGUUAGGGUGCUGUCCAGAACGUGGGAGGGUUAGCGAUUCCCAGGGCACUUCAUUUAAAAUGCGGGUAGGACUAAGCUUUUAUUACGUCCUUGACUGUUGUUUUGCAAAUGGAAUGUAACAAUAUCAAUAAACAGCAUGUUUUGCAUCUAUAGGUCAAACUUGUUGGUCGUGCAAAAUUUGAGUUUAAUUUGUUGAAUACCUCCUCCUUCCACUAAAUAUCACCUAAUAUGGGUUAACCUCAAUUUUUAAAUAUUUAAAGGGGGAUAAAUUUUAUAUAACAUAGCAAAAAAUUAGAUUGAUAUAUAUUGAUAUUUGGUCCAAACUUUGCUUCUCGUUUGCAACGCGACAUGGCGAUUCGCGCAAUGCGUUCAAAUCCGGCAAUCCGAAUGUAAACAAAAUUUAUUGAGGUUAGUUGUAAGGUUUUUUCUCCGUUUUCUCUCUAAAACAAAACAAGGUAAACAGUAAAAACUGAGGGGAAACUAAUUUUGAAGUUUCGAAGAAACAGAAAGACGUAUGAGAAGUUUUUCAAAAUUAAAAAGAAGGAUGAUGGUGAUUGAAAUUAGCAUAAUUUCACCUUGCACGAGCUGCACGCAUUUAUAAAAUAUACGUCAUCUAGUUAUGAAACACGAUCUGCUGUCUUUUAGUUUUGCCAUGGAUGACAUGGAUGAGAUUUUCCUUUGUGCUUUAGACAGUACUUAGUUGUUUUUGUUUUGGAAUUCGGAGAGAACGAAAAUAUAAUUCCCCAUGGAAGUAAUUUUUGAAAAAUGUUGGCAACUAAACCUCCGCAAAAAAUUAUUUGCCUUUUGGGGAAAACUGGUCAGUGACAGCGGCAGUGUCUUAUGUACAAACCACAUCGCAAGCCCUAGUCCCAGCCUCCAUCACAAAGCCCUACCUUUAGAGAAAAAUGGUUUUUGAAAAUAUGGUUCUGGUCCCUUGGUAAGACUAGUUUUAGAAAGUAUCUCUCUUUUAGUAAAAUCCAACUAGUGGUCUAUUAUCGAUGCUGCGUUCUGAUUGGUUGACCUACUACUAGGCUAUAUGUUAUAGCCCACUACUGUAGUAGCGAAAAGCGCCGGCUUUUUCAGCGGCAAAAAAGGAUUUAAUUCUAGCUUUAACUAGCUAAAGUUUUUCUGUCUGGAUAUUUUUGACCAACUUGUUGGAUUUUACUAAAAAAAUUUACUCCUCUCGCCCUCAUGGCCUCUGAGUCAAUAACCCAUUCGGCCUUCGGCCUCACGGGCUAUUGACGCAAAGCCCAUUCGCGCUCGAGGAAUAAUUGUUAAUUAUAUUCGAUUGUUACUUAAGUGAUAAGAUAAGACAGGAACCGAAUUUAUCUGACAAAGAAGUGUCUCUUUUAUUAGACACAAACCCCGGACAUGGAUAUGUCCUAACACUCUACAAAGCACCUUUACGUGCUCUUCUUAUUAUGUACUUAGUUAAUUCAUGUGUAGCUUUCCUCUCUGUUUCUGUUUAUAAAUGUCGAUAACGUUUCUUCAUAUGUAUGCAAGUCAUGUCUCACUUUUUAUGCAGUCUGCUACCCUGCAACAUGCAAUGAGUUCGUUCUUUUUUUUAUGUCCACGCCACCUGGUUUGAAAUUAAAUGCCGCACGCUGUAGAACUUACUUGUUUAUGGUAACAUUGGCUAGUUCUGUAUGCUAGGUAUUGCCAAAUCGACCCCUCAGAUCACUUAAAAUUUAUCAGUAAUUUAUGUAGAUUUUAAUUGAAGUAGGUUUCUUUCAUGAAUAUCCCUUUCAUCAGAGAAUUUUUUCUAGACUCGUCAGAUUUAACAACAGUUUUACCCGAAUACGUACUCUUAAAUUAGCAAUUAUUAUUUUUUUCUUGUGAUGUAUUAAGCUUUUAAAAACCGCCUUUCUGAUAACAUACAACUACUUGGUAAAUGAUGAUAGGAUUCCUUGCUCCUUUAGAAACCAAUAUUUGCAAUUUCCAUCUCGACCAAUGUAGGCUAUAUUUAGGUCUUUGAUUAUUAACAAUACUCAAGUGAAAUGGAUGUCUUCUACACUUUAUCAAGGAUUUUAUCGAAGAAUGUAUAUCGAGAACGUAUUUUCUAGUAACUUAAGGCGAAUCUAUUUCCGCCGCGCGAUUUCACUAGUACACUUGUCGUGCAAAUUAGUAAAUCUAAGAGAAGGAUCGAAUGUGAGUUUUUAGCUUGUUUGCUUUACUUUUAGGGUUUUUGAUUUUUAGUAAUUUUCGUCCUUGAAGAAGUGCGGAGAAAAUGUCGAAAACGAUGUUUUUGCUACAAGAAAAAAAAGUGUCUCGAAAUGAAAUAGUGUACUUUAUUGUGUAGAGAAUAAUUUACCAUUCGUAAAACAUAUAAAAAAUAGUGCGCCAGCAGUUGAAUGCAUCUUAACCGAUCUUCUUAGUAGGUCAGUCUUUUCAUAGUUUUCGUACAUCUUUGUGUAAUUGUAGGCCUUUCAUCGUCAAGUUCAUUGUAACCUUUUACUGCCUUUAAGCUAAUGCUUGGUUUUAUCCAGGGAGCGUUAACUGUGAAUGCUAAUUGCCGUGGGUAUUUUUUCUCCGCCAGGCAAGAUAAUUUAGAUAAGAGAAGCGGAACUAAUCUUAGGAAAUCUUCUCUUCCACUGUAGUCAGAAACAAACGCGGGGGCGUCACUUCUGGAUGAAGUUCUACUGAUCACUCUUUUGCCUUUUUGCUGUUGAUGGCUGUAUCUAAAUUGGCUCUAACUUUUUGUCUUUGAAUCAAAACCUGAAUUGUGACCGUUGGAUUGAAAAGAGAGUGAACAGUACUUUCCUGUGGUACCGUUUUUAUGCCCUACAAGGUGGCCCUAACUUGCGAGUCUGUGGAUAGUUCUAAAGUGACCGUCUUAAUGAAAGCUGCUAAACAGCUCUUUUCUUUGAUGUAGUUCAUUACGCUGUUCAGAAGGCGUUGUGGUCGUAAACUGCCGAUUCUGUGUAUGACACCUUUAAAUGUUAUCAUCAAAAGAAAGACUUCACUUUCCUCUAAUAUUGCCAGUCAUUCCCUUAGUCUUGUGUGUGGAAUGGUAUACCUUACCUUAUUUAGUCAGAAUUUUCUUGGGCGUUGUCUAUCACGCCGUUUGUCUUUAAACCCCUACAUUUUUUAUUAAUUUUUUUUUAAACUUGGGAGUUUCAGUUUGGUCGAGCCUAAAAAGUGUGAAAGUUAAUCGCGCUUUCUUGUCGUUCUUCCUUUUCUUUUCCUUCCAUUGCAAAUUUCAGUUCAUUCUUGCAAAACAGUCCACUCUAUUUUAUAAACUUCCACUAAGAACUUCACCUUAACUUUCUUGUACUAGGCAACAUACAAAGGCUUAAGAGACUUAAGAUAAGACUUUGUUGCCUUUUUAAACUAGGCUAAUCCAAUGUCAAAAGCCGGAUUACAAAGCGUCUACAAAGUACUAAGUGUACUAAGUACUAAGAAAAGGACUGAGUAUACUAGUGUUUUAUCAAGUUUAAAACAGGAUGCGCAUCUCCUGAUUGAUUUUAAGCCUUGAUAGACUAGAUCUAUGGCUGUGUUGGACAGCUUCGUUCUAAAACUUCACCGGGAGUAUUGUUCAAAAUAAUCCCUCGGUUUUGGAUUGUUUUGGUCGAUAAGAUAGGAUUCUGAAUAAUAAUUCAACUUUGUGUUACACGAAAAGAUCUCUGAUCCCAGGUCGAAGUGGAAUUUAGAACUGUUGAUAAAAGUGAACUCGAAUGAAGAAUGAGAAUCACCGACAAACUUAUUUCAUAUGUUCGCAGCGUAGACUGAAAUCGAGCCCAGGCCACAUUGGCGUUGGGUUUACCGCGAUCUCCCAUUUUACACAAUUUCUAUUUUUAUUUCCUACGAUUGCAUUUACUCGAAAGUAGAAACACGAUUAAGGAUAUAAAUGCACGGGUUGUUGAGUCUAAACAAUAAAAAUCCCGAUUUUUUUUGGUUCAGUGCUCGCACUUUAUAACAUUUGAAAGAUGUCUCCGACAAGUCCGCAAAGGCCUUUUAAAGGUAAUUUAGCGAACAGGACACUGAAAAAUUAUCAGACUUACAAGUUACACAGUGAAAUUGGUAACCUUAGCUUUGUAAGUGCUUUAUAUAAUCACUCCUGUCUCUAAUGUUAUCUAUUAUAAGUAUACCCGAUGUAUGAUUAACUAACUGAUUUUUAUAUAACAGUUAUAAGCUCUUCAGUUUUUUUACGAAAUGAAUUUUGUCGUUUUUACGACAUCUGACUUUGGUAACUUUCAUAAUGUGAAGUUUGCUUUUACAUGGAGGUAACGUUUGUACUCCUUGAGCUCCUCGAGUGUCUUACUGCUCCGCCAAGCGAUCUCAACGCGUCUAGAAAGUCUCGCUUGAUAAAAGUGCAUAAAAGAGGGUUGCAUAACGCGGUGAGAAAGCGGAAGAAAAGUAUAGCGAUUGUUAUAUUGUUCAUAGCGUUUGCAGAGAGGCUAUGUAAUGCUUUGACUUCAAAGUCGUCCAUUAUCGCCCAAAGAAAGUAGAAAAAUAAACCAGAGAUGAAAACUGCGAUCAUGGCUAUAAACAAAGAGGCGAUUUUCUUUUCGUUUAGUCUUCUUCUCCCCACGUUGAUUCGAUCCAACGAUUGUUCACUAGACAGCUCGCUGUGGAUUUCAUGACUUUGUCGCCGAAGAUUAACGAAGAUCUUGGUAUAAAUCAUGGUCAUUAGAAGAAGUGGCAGAACGACUACUGUGGCCACGCAAAAGAUGUCGUAACCGAUCUCAAUGCGGAUGAGGGUGGCUUCACUCAUGUCAUUUACGAAAGAGCUUAGGAUCCAAACAAGUUGUAUCAUGGAGGAAACGAGUGCAAAUACCCAGACAGAUGCCAGCAUCCAGCCAACUCUCUCAUCAGUGACGAUCGAGGGAUACUGCAGCAGCUUGGUUACUCUGAUGUAGCGGUCGAUGGACAGGAGCAUUAAAUGUCCCACGGAAGAGAACGCCAAGAAACGGUUCAAGAUGUCCAUGGCUAGACACACGUCCCUAAUGAGCGUUAUCGAACACGCAAUAACCAUGGGUACCGCGAGCAAGCCGGUUAGGAGAUCACUGGCUGCAAGACUUGCUAGCAUGAAGUUUGUUGUGGUACGAAGACGUCGUUUUCGCCGGAUUAACGACAGGAUCAGGCUGUUCGCAAUAACGAUGAAGAACGCUUGACACCCGUAAAGAACGAACGCUGUGACAGUGCUCUCGUUUUUAGUAGACAUGUUUUGACGUUUUCACCCGAGACGUGCCCUUUCUUAACUUCUGUGUACUUAAGCGUGACUUUACCCAGUUCUCAAUGUAUGCAAUUUUGUUUCGCGGCCGUCUAUUUAAAAGCACAAUUGUUUCUUUAUCUCAAUGCACGUCUUUGUGUAGCUUUUCCACGAACAAGAUCACAGUAAAAACUCUUUGGAUGUUAUCGCUAUCGGUACUGAAGGCAAUACUGAGCGUUGCCGUACUCUCCUCUUUAUUUCAAAUGUAAUAGUCUGCAAUAAAGAAACAAUAAAGACGUUAUAUUUUCCGGUUUACAAUGCCGUCGGCAUCUGUAUACCCUCAGUAAUGAGUAUGGAAAGUAUAAAAGCGAAGAACAAGUACACAUUAAAACCGAGGGACGUAUUUUGGGAUUAACUUGCGUUGAAUUGACUUCUGAAAACACGAAAACUUGAAAAUGUGUUCCUUAUUGGAUGAUGUUUUUGGGUUGUGUUGCUGUAAAUGCAGUCAAGUAAAUAGCCUGAAUAGCAAUUACAGUAAUAGAUUGAAAGAUUGAACGACAACGGAUAAUGGUGUAUAACUUUACAUUCAAAUUUAAAAUCAUCCUUUCAAUUUACUGUUGCGGGCCUUUUUCUCUGACUUUAAAAAUUGAGCAAAGGUUGUAUGUGUCUCUUGAAAAUGUUUCUCCGUCAAACGUCAUAUAUUGAGCAUUCAUUUUUAGCCUAAGUUUUGCAUCUGUUCCUGCACGUCUAUGCUUUUAGCCACACCAUUUAAAGUUUUCUUAAAUGCUAUCCGGAAGUUUCCAUCAAUAAGAAGAACAGACUUUACGUUUAUUAUCUCUGACAGGAGAUGGGUGCCAUUGAAGCCGGCUAAGCAGCGGCAAAUGGUUUUUCAAAUAAGCUCGUUACUAAGACCCUAGUGUUCAAGGUUUACUUCAAUUGUCCCGAAGUCUGAAAUCCUGAUACGGAAGGCUUCAAACGAAUGCUGAUAGGGAUAUUAAAAAUUGGGUACAAUCGGCCAAACUGAGCCGUUUGUAUGAAAAAGAAGAUCGUCAAUCAUUUUACUUACACUGAACUUACAUAUUCCAAGGGAAGUUAGCAAUGUGAUGCUUCUAAACGACCACUCUCCCACUCAAUUUGAUCUCUUUCUGAGACAACUAGUUUUUUAACGCCUUGUAAACUGUUCAUCUCGCGUCUUUAACAUUAAAUAGGCCUUCAUUUAUAAUGUAAGCAGAUAUCUGUCUCCUGUUUGCUUUCAAUUCAAUGACCUAUUAUUUGGUUUUAAUAGUUGUUGAGAAAACCGAAUUGUUUCUUAUUUUAAAACCUAUGACGACCUUUAUUGUCAUUAACAUCACGCCCGAAACAAAUCUUUAGCAAUUUAAAUUUCACUCCUGUUUCCCUACUUUAACCCGUCAGGUACUAUUGUGAAUCAAACGCAAUUUUUGGCUCUUUCCCGAUGCUUUUCACGCAAAAAUGAUGUCGUAUCUUUUAAAGAUCUCUAGGCAAACACAUAUGUACAUAUUCAAUUGAGCUUUAUUUGCUUUUUUGUGGAGAGCAAAAGAGCUUAAUUAUCUUUUAUUUCGAAAUAUCAAUAUAGUUCCUCCGACGUGUGCGUCACAUGUUUUGCGCAACAAUGUGAAACUAGGUAACAAUGUCGCCUGAGCGAAAAAUGUUCUUCAAUGAAAUCGAAAACAAAGAGUGACUAAUUUUAGCUGUUAAAAGUAACUCAAAAAUCCGCGUUUUUGAGAGUCAUUUUUCGUUACCUAUACUGGAAUACAAUAAUUAGUAUGUAACCUGUAUACGUGCCUGUUUCUUUUUUUUUUUUUUUUUUUUUUUUCUUUUUUGGUCUUUACUCCGGAAGGUUGCUGUUGCAGGUCAUUUUACUAACAUAAUGUAACUUCAAACUUUGAUGAAACAUUGCAAUGAUAGAACAGUCACGUUUCGUGUUGAUAUUGCUGGUUCGUUUGCGUUCAUAUGUAGGUUAUGCAAUCGCCUCACCGGUCACUUUAUCUUCUGUGUUAAGGGCGCAAUAUUACUUUUCCACAGGAAAGUGUAGCUAUAUCAUUUGAAUCUUUACUUUAGCAACUAAUUAAAACUGGUCUGAAAAAUGGCAUGAACAUCUCGUAUGUACAGCAGUAUAAACAAUGUCAUAGAAAAGUACUCAGUAAUCAGGCGAGCUUUCAUUUUAUAGUUUUGUCCACGGACUGAUUCCGAAGCCGGGUUAGAACUGACCAACUCGUAAAUAAGACAUAAUAAACGAUUCCGGACGUCUGAGAAUCAGGCUAGUAGCAUAGAAAAAAUGAUUACCAAAGCAAAGUACUACUCCGUACUUCGUGCAGCAGAAAAACAGUCCCAUAAAAUUACUACUCAAUUUGCCCUCAUUUGAGUGGUCAAAUGUUACGCUUAUUCUCUAAGGCUAAAACCACCUUGGGUAAUAUAAGACAGUGCUGUACACAAUAUUAGUCAACACUUAAUUUAAUACCUCUUCAUGCGACACAGGUUAGAUUUCAUCCCAAGCCGUCAUUUGGCGCAAAAAAAUAAGCGAAAAAAAAAAAAGGAAUAAAACAGUGCUAUUGAAAUAUAGCUAAGAAGAUAGGUCUUCGUACUUUGGUGCUAAGCGAUUCUUUACAGCCAGCGAGUGGACUUCUCUCAUUUCACGAUCUCAAGAGUGUUUGGAGUUACAAAUGAAUUCAUAAUACUCUUAACCAGCUUGGUUGCAGUUGAUCAAGGACCACUCACAAGGCAUUGUUUUAAUUUCUUAGCGUUGAGGCUGUGAAGAGCAGCGGACCCGGCACGCGAACGAGGAAUUUUACGGUGAUUAAGAACUGAUAUCUUUUGCGAAAAGCGACGAGCGUGGCUUUGCUUUUUGUGGUCUGCAGUAAAAUGCAGGGAGUUCACUACAUAAUUAAACUUCACCUUAACAUUCGUAUAUUGAAGGAGUUAGAAUUUAUUUUCUACAGCGCUGCUUGAAGUGUUAAUGGUAAAAUAUAGUUUGCUAAUUCUUGUUUCCUGGAAUUGUAAGAGCCUCUGAGGGUAAUUAUUUCACGGUCACGUUGCCUUAAGAUAAUCUUUAAACAACUCCAAUUUACCAGUGCUUUCACAUAAACUACUGGUGAUACGGAAGAGCCCCCAAAAGUAGGGUUUUUAGUGGAACAAAGAAAGGUUCAGCGUAUCAAAAUAUUAAAAUGAAUACUCACAAUGUUUACGAACUUGAUAACAACCUUCCUGGGUGGUUUUUUAAUAAGACUGCGAAGGACGCAAGGCAAAUUUAAAGUGGCUAGGAAAUCAUGAUCACGUGAUACUUGCCGUUUGCGUUCGUUGUGCACGUGAUUCUUGAUGUUCUCUGCCCAGUUUCUUGCCAAAGUUUAGUGGUAUAAAAGAGAAACUGGCAGCGGAAAUCAAUUUUAAUCUCAAAAUCAGCAAACAAGACAUUCUAAACGUAACAAAAGCAAACUGCUCUUUCGCUUGUUAUUUGGCGACCGUUAAGGGAACCGUGAUAUUCGCUGGAAGUACACUUUCGGUGGAAUAACCUCUGUUUCACAGCAGAAUUAAUGUUACCGCGAUGCACGAGUGCAUUUUAACUUGACCUAAGGCUCUAAAGGAUAGUUUUCGAUUGAAAUUAAGCUCACAUUCAUUUUCUCGAACACACGGUAGGUUGUUCCGAGUUUCUAGACUGCUAAUGCCUCGGUUCACCAAGCGUACAGAACAUACAGUCAUUUAGAAAAACGGAUUCUAGAACUUCGUCAAGUGUACCCUUUACGUGGCUCAUUAAAAAUGAUUAAAACUUCAACCUUGACGGGUCAAUACUAUAACUCUUUUUCAUUUUAUGGCCGCUGAGUAUUUUUACCAUCACCAUAGCAACGUUAUAAUUCUCUUAAAAUAUCCUUAAUUUUAGCUUUACGCGCAUACAACUCAAAGGAGUCUGUGACUCUCACAUUUUGUUUGUGAAUUAUGACUGAAAGUCAAUAUGUACCUUUCUACGUCAUCUUAAAAAUUUCUGUUGAGACGGUUCGGAGCCACCUAAAAUGUUUCCAAAAUUCAAGGAAUUAAGUGACUAUAUCUGGAUUCUGGUAUCAUGUAAGGAUAACCAGCGACGUGGCUUAUAAACGUAACACAAGUGAAGUUUUUAAAAUAGCUAGUGAAGUUUCUAUUGUAUUGCCCUUUUCAGCUAGUAACUGCUCUUAUCCAAUAUGGAGGAAGAAAUGUUCGAAGCAGUGAUCUGUUCGGUCAAAACAAAACUCCCUUGUCUCUUACCAGAAGGUUCUUUAAAGGAUUAAAGGUAUGUCUAUGCAUCUGUUUGAACAUCACUUUUCAAAAAGAAUUCAAGACGGAACAGGAAAUUGAAUAAUUUCAAUUUGCAGUGGACAAAAACCUUGUGCCAGAAUAAUUUAAACAACAUCGCAUUCUUUUUUACAUUUUUUAAGAGCUAUAGAUUUAAUUCUACCCCGUACCCAGACGUCUCUCUUUCGAUGAAAAUGUGCGCGGAAAGGAAGGCGGGAAGGAGACAACGGACGAGACGUCGCUUCGCCUGCCGUCUGUACCCUUCCCAUGGUCCCUUUUGCGGUUCAUCACCAGUCACUCGCGUUUCGCGCUCGCCUCUGCCAUUUGAAAAUCGAAGCGCCUGAGGAGGAGGCUGGACUUAAUUAGUCAUCUGUAACAACACCAAAGACUAUUUCUCAUGGGUGCCCGAGAGAAAAAAUGUCAAAUUUCACAAGAAUUGUGAAAACACAGCUAAAAUUCUGAAAAUUUCAUGUGCAAGGUGUCAUUUUGUGAAAUUUGACAUUUAUUUCCCGGGCUCUCAUGAGAAAUUUUCUUUGGUGCUAUUACAGAUAACUAAUUACAUCUAUAACCCUUGAAAACUGUCAAAAAAGAAUACAAUAUUAUUUAAAUCAUUCUGGUACAAGGUUUUUGUCUACUGAAUAUUAAAAUUACUCAAUUUCCUAAUGGAUUCCUUCUUAAAAACAUUUUUAAAACCUACAUUUAAAGACUUGCAUUAGAAACCGCGCUCUUAUUUAUCCGUUACAUUUAUCGCCGACUCGCCUUCAGCGUUGAAAUUUAUGUACUUUUGUUCGCUUUCUGUUGCUGUUGUUGCUGUUGUUGUUUAAGUAUUACCUAAGUUGUUUUUAUUUUUACCAUGGGUUUUGCCAUUACUGCAUUGCCUUUUGCCGUUGUUACGGUUGUUGUUGAGGUUAACUAAGGCUUUGUUCACGCUGUACCGGUUAGCUCUUACACUUGCACGAAAGUCAAAAUAUAUAAAAUAUCAGCAAGACCACACCGACAAACCAAUGAGUGGUGCUGGAUCUCCCUGUUGUAGACCCGGAUCAGUACAAUAACAACUUGUAGAAAAAUAUGAAACAGCAAACUGAUCCUUACGGCAAGGCGAUGAAAAGUCAUACCAGAUAUGGCUUCUGUUGACACACGACGUCCCAGGACGGGAAUUUCGGCGCGAAUUCUGUAAAAUAGGGACCUUACUAUCCGACAACGGCGACGUCCAUGAAAACGUCGCUGAAAAACAGACUUCGCAUCAUUUUAAACUUUUUCGCGAUUAUCCCAAUUCGCCCUGUUACUUAAAAGAGGGGGAUUUUGGCUGAAGCUGAAGAGAGGCGAACGCGCUCAAGUUCGGACAGAGAUGGUAGAAUUUAUCGCCUUGCCCUUCCCGUUCCCAAGUGAACUUAAAAUUUGGUCAUUUCACGUCGUAGUUGUACAGUGAAGACAAAGAAAUGUACAAAAAAGCUUGAUGCAAGUGCAGAGUUGUUGUUUUGCUCAUUAAGCCGGUUUUUUUAUGUUUCCGUUGCCCUGGUCGUCGUGGUUUGCCGCGCCGAUCUCUAUAGGGGAGCCAGUCAAAUAUAGGAUUGGUGCUCAUACUAUACAUAGAUUUUCGUGUCGGCAAGAAAAACGAUCGAGUAUUGGUGUGAACAUGACCCUAAUUCAAACAAAUUGUACUUGAAAUUUCAGGGAGUGGAGAACAUCUAUACUCAACACUCUCCACUGCUUUCUGAAACACUAGACAGCCUGAUAAAAGGGAAGCUUAAAGAAAGUUUUUUCCCUUACCUGGGGUCGUCAGUUCUUCGAGACAGGUAAGCGCUUACCAGAAACAGGUGGUAAGAAAAAACGGAGUUUAAUAAGACCCUCUGUGCUUUAAUAAAGAAUACGUAACUGUCGCGCCUAGUGCCUUUUAAUUAAUGUGGGGCAAUUUUCAUUUCAGUGUCGCAAUUAGGGAACUUAAACAAGAGCAAGUCUGAUGUAUAUUCAUUGACACUUUAAAAAUUAUAAGUCACUUUUACAUAAAUGACAAAUAAAACAAAAAGCGGCAAUAUCUUUGUUGUUAAAAACUGCCACUCUUUUUUAUUACAAAGCGCAAUCGUUGUCCUCAUAGUAAUAUUACAAAGUGCCAGCGGAUGUUAUAAUCAAGGCCUAAGUUUUCCUCAAAAUUUGGCUGCUUGUUUUUAUGUGCGACAAGUGGAGCGGUUAUGAAGUAUUACAGCUGUUUUAUUUCAUAGUUUUAUUAGCAAACGUAGAUGGCAUUAGUUGUGCAAGUUAAAGGUAAUCUGCCAAGUGAAUAGUCAAUGCAAGAGCUUAUUAUACAUUGGCACUACCUGAUAAAAGCAGUGACAUCUGAAGUUGAUUUUUUUUGUUCGUGAAAUGGAGGCCUUUAUAAACAAUUAUUGCAUGAAGUUUUUUGUGAUAUCAGGAAUAAUCAAUUUCAAGGCAAGUGUUACCGAGACCUUAAUAAUUAUUUAAUUAUACACUGUUUUGAAGAAAAUAACGACAAACACACCGUCGUACGGAAAAUAGUUUGACGUUGUUCUUGGAAAUCAUGCAUUUUGCGCACAUCUUACAGAUUAGUCAGUUAUCUGGAAGCAGAUAACUAACUAAUCUGUAGGUUGCGCUGAUUUCCAAACUUCACUGUAGGCUCUUAGCCAAUGAGAAGACAGAUGGUAAGUAUAAUGUAUAAUGAUAUCUAAAAUUGGAACAAUGAUACCAGACAACUGAAACGGAUUCAUAGAUAUCCCAAAUCGAUACAAUGAUAUCUGAACAGGUCCAGUAAUAUCUAACAUUUCCGUGUGUUCAUGAAUGGGUUGCAGAAUAAUAGUUAACUUGCGAGUCACCUUAUAAUAAUACAUACAUAUCGGUAUAUUUUUUCACAUUUAUUUCAUAUUUGAAGAAUUCUGAUGGAUAUAUAUUUAUAUUUCUACUUUUUAUUUAAAACAGCGCCAACUGAUAAAAUUACCGUGGUUUAAUAAAAUACCUAUCUUGCACUUGACCAAGAGUUCGAGGUUGAUUACAAGUACGAGUUUUCGAACAAAAUUCGCGCGCCUCACUCGAUUUACUUAUCACACGACUCUUAUCCCUAACGUUAAUUAUAUAUGCUAGUCAGCAACAGAAAAGGGUUAUAGUUCGGGGAAUGAAAUUAACCCGAAAUUCCAAAGUAGAACAGGAACUCGAUGUGCUACUUAGUUAAAUCUAAAGGUCGCUAGUUAAUCACCCUUUACCGAGUAAGAUUUUCUCGUCAUCUUUCACUGUAUUUCCUCACGUGUGAAUUGUGUUCUUUUCAAGGCCCCAAGAAAUUAUCGUCUUUAUGGUGGGAGGUGCAACCUAUGAGGAAGCAUAUGCUGUUUACAACUUAAACAAGACGCUACCCGGAGUGAAAAUAGUGCUAGGCGGUACGACAAUUCACAACUGCAAGAGGUAAGCUGUCCUGAUUGCUAAUUUAAGGGAGCCUUAUCAUACUCCCUAUACUGGACUAUACGGGGUGGCUCCUCCCGAUAGGGACGGAUUCCUUUUCCAAGCUUCAGGUAUAUGAAAGGCUAAUGAUUUCAGUACUUGAAGUAUCUCAGUGAAAAGGUAGGAAAAUCUGUCUUUUUUUCGGUGAAAAGACCCAAAAGGGUUAACAAGCAGUAGCGGAUCCAGAGGGAAGCCCCCCCCCCCCUUUAUGUUUAGAUGAAACUGAGGCCCAAAGGGCCGAAAAAAAAUUUUCGCAGACCGGUUCCCCCCCACCUCCCCUUAUCUAAGGGUCUGGAUAACCGACCCCACCCCAUAUCUCAAGGUCUGAAUCCGGUACUGACAGUUUAAUUUUAUGUCUGUGAAAAAGUCCAAAAAACGUUUUGGUUUUGUGAUUUAUUCAUAUACAAAGACAAAGGUCUAAAAAUGGUAUGUGAAAGCGGUGUGAGAAAAUUAUUGCGUCAUUAUCGCGGUAAAACUCGUCACGUGAUCUGAGAACUGAGUUUUGUACAAGAGUCUUGGAACUGUGUAGUCGUCCGGAGUCGUGGAGCUGAUCGAGAGUGUAGAUUGAGUGUAGAUCAUCGACAUUUUACGCGAGUUGAUGUCGGUGAAUCCUUUAAGUGUAGAACAGAGUACAGAAUUCUAAAAUAUGAACAUGUGAAGAAAUAUACUUUCAAUGAAUUAACGCUACAGAGAACUGGUUCAUCACACAUAAUUUCUGACAAGCAGUACCAUUUGCCAAAAGAAGGUAUACGAAAGGGGUAACUUUUCGUCAAAAAUGGUAUAUAAAAGGGUAGGGGUUGACCUUUUGUUUGUUUCCAAAGAUCUCUUUUUGUUGUUGUAUUAUUUAAGGGUGAUAAAAUAUGCAAAGUAAAACAAGACGUUGUUAACGUCUUAAAAUUAAAAAUUCAUCUUGGCUUGCUAUUUUCAAGCUUGUCGGUGACAACAUUUAAAACUGAAAAGCGUGAUAACCAAAACGACGUACCUUUCUGCUGACUUUCCAAUUUGUGACAAAAAUCGCAGCUUCCGUCCAUUAUCUUAAAAUAUUCGCGCUCCAUUUGUAAAUCGUUUUAUAUCUCAACAGAAAUUUUUCGUUACCUUUUUUAUGUGGAGAAAAAUGUUGAAGCAGUGACAAACACAGCUGGGGAUAUAAUCGCCUUAGGUUUUGCUGUGAAAUCUCCGUUUCUUGCCAAAGCUGCCACAGCAUUUCUUGUUCGAAGUACAUAUUUAAUCAGUUGUUUAAAGUUUCACAGUCCUUAUUUUUAUAUGAAUUUAUUAAAAGAGGUAUACUUUUUAUUGUUCGCUGCAAGAAAAAAAUCGCCUAUUAGUUAUUUAUUUGUUUGUUUAUUGAUUUAUUGAUCGAUCUUUUUUGGAAAAGACAACGCCUAGUGCAAGCUAGCAAAUGAAGUGUGCGCUAAAUCAGUUUACAUUUCUAACAUAAAAGAAUUGAUUGACAAGACAGAGUCAUAGUUUUUACUCCAAUUUUUGUCUUAGUUAGUAUAACAAUACGAACUCUUCCCCCCUCCCCUUUCACCAUUAGCAAACUUUAAUCUAAACGAUUUUAAAGUUUUUUUUAAUACGUGUUACAGUUCAGCAGUCCAACCACACUUUACUCAACAGAGGUAUUGCUCAUGAAGCGAUAUCAUUAUUAGUUUGAAUAUUCCUGUGGCGCCAGAAGGCUAAGUACCUUUCUGUUAAGAAAAGAACGAAGUCGCUUCUUCACGCACGCAACGUUUUCAAAUCCUGAUGGCGUACAUGUAACCGCGAACAGACACGUACACCCUUGGUCGCUGUAGUCUAAUCCGUUAGAGCUGUGGUUUUAAUAAUUUGCCACCUGAAAGACUGAAACGCCGUUUGCGAGCAGUUUUAUUCUCAGUGAUCACACCCCGUGUUUCAUUUGAAUAUUCGAAGGUUAGAACUACUUUUUUCAAAACAGUAAUACAGCACUUGUCAUAGCACAAUCAAGCAGUUUCAGUUCAGUGAAUCAUGACAUUUGGGAGUAGAAUAAAUGUUUCGAACAAGCGAUUUGAAAGGUUGGCUUUUGAAAAGUUUGAUAAACGGAUACAUGGCAAGGAAGGAAAGUUAACACUAUAAGGGAACUUUCUCCAGAUUUAUCCCUUUCGUCUUGGCUUUUCUUACAUGUACUUUCUUACUUUACAUGCAUCUUUUGUUUAAAUAUAAAAUCAAUUUAUGCGGCAAAACCUCUCUAAUUUACCACUCUCUUGUACGACUAUCUCCUUAAGCGGCAAUCGUUAUAAAAAUCCUUCUUGAAUUUAAAAUUUUUAAUUCAAUCAGUGCAUAUGACAACUUCUACAAACCCUGGUCAUUUCGCCGCAAGUGAGCCUGUUGCUAACUCCAAAGUCUAUAGUGCCUUACAGGAGUCUGAUUCGACCACAACUACAAUAUAUAAACGGCUAACCUUGAGAAGUCGAAUGUUGUGGUAAAAUUUUCGUUCGCUCUGUCUUAUUACGCCUCUCCGUCCCUCUUCGGCUUCUUACAAUUCUAAAGACCAACAAUAGCUCUCCUCUGAAUAUAUACGAAGCUGUCAUGUCGUAAGGUUUGCGUACAUUAAGCUGCUCUCGUAUGUUAUGUACAGUUGCAGCCCCGGAAAAUCGUGACAAAACUGUAACAGACUGUCAUUUUUUGCCACUUUUAAAUUACAUCUCAGUAAACACAAUCUAGAAGAAUUUCCUGUAUCUUCCGCCUCGGCUUUGUGACAAUUUUGUCUGAAGAACUGAUGAAUGAAUGAAAAAAAUUACAUUAAAUACUCGGCUCCCUUUUAACGUAUGAAUAAAAACGCCAGUCACGAAUUGAUAUUCGUGUGUCGCCGCAUAAUUGUCGUGAUGUUUCUUUUUCGAGUAAUUUGAAACAUCUUGUAAUGAUUUUCCUUUGGCACAAACAAAAACAAUUUUUUUUGUCUUUUGAUCGAAAUGACAUUUGAUGCAGCCUUAGUGACCCUACUCUGAUGGGCGGUCACGUGUGGAAGAUUCAAGUGUAUGAGGAGUUCACCCUUUCCUUUCUAAUUUGAUGGCUAAAAUAUUCAGAAAAAAAUACUCAUUUUUUUGUAGAAUCCUGAAAAACAAAUAAUACCAUGGGAAAGUUCUACCUAAGAGGUUUCAUUUGAAUGGUAACACCAUAGGAUUUCACCAACAGAUUUAAAAGUUGAAGUGAAAAAUAACCUGACCUUAACGUUCUCUACGAACAGUUUGGCCAGGUCUAGACAACAGACUGUCUUAUUACUGAACUUGAUUCCAAUUUUGGCCGGUAACGAAACCGAACGUAAAGGUUCCCGGCUGUAUACUUGUUAAUAUUGCCAAUGUCGCCUCCUUUCGCUAUUUAACAGUUAACGUUGGCGGCGAAAUUACUUAUAAAUGACAAAAUCACAGCUUUGUGUCAAUGCAAAUAUGCCUCCCAAGUUUGUCCAUCUGCGCGUGCUUUCUUUUCUAUUUAAUGUGUUAUUUUCACCUAGUUUAAUAUUUUCAGCGCUAAUUUUAUAUUUCACUCAAUUUGAUGAUAGCUCCCGCUGUUUGAAUUUUGAUAAAUCUCGUGACGAAACCCCGGCCUUUAAUAAAGUUGGGUCGUGAAAUUGCCAUUAUAUACGGUAUUGUAUAUAUAUUUUAUUAUGAACAAAGUUCGGCAUAUGAAAAGGGCGGAAUUCCCGACUGAGCCUGGUGGCGGCAAGAACCGGCGACUCCAAACUUUUGCUGCUCUUAAUUUCAAAACGAAUUAGGUUCGAUGGCGCAGGAAAAGAUUUGAAGCGUGCUCUACGAUAGAAAGCGUUCGGUUAAAACUCUAAGCUCUACAAUGCUGUUUGUUUUUUUGGGGGGGAGGGGAGGGAUUCAAACGAUAGUUUCCUCAGCUCUUUCUGUUUUUUUUUUUUUUUUUUUUGGCCAUUUGAUAACGUUCAAGAGAGAUCGUGAGGACGUAUCCCAUAAUCGCAUUUCUUUUCAGACUCUAUUUGAUGAAAAUAUAUCUAAACUAUAUCUCCUGAAUGAUGCUCUUGGCACGUGCUUUUUUAAAAUUUUAUUGUGACAGUGGGCACGAGAAAUAAAUUGGUAUCCUCAAAUUUAUCUUAGUAUUUCAUUUUCGAAUCUUCAAAGCAAUUUUCAGGCGGUCUGUUUAUUUUCCUCUUUAAAAGCUGCGAGCGUGUCAAACUAAUUUUCAUGUUUAAUUUGAGUUGUGCAAAUUUGAGAAAAUGUUCAACUGGAAACUGAUCUAAUUAGACUAACAAACUCAUUACGAGUUAUAUGUGUUUUGAUACCUCUUAAUAAUGUUGGUAAAUUGCUAAGAGUAAAUAUCAGACAUCUAGGAAAUUUAUUACAUGUAGAUAUAAAUAUCGUGGCCCUGCAAAUGUGAUUUAUGCAGCGCUUAUAUAGUUCUUCUAAUAUUGAUUUACGCCUUGUCAAAAUACACAAUGUCCAAUAAAUCAAUACAGACACUCUGUGCGCAUUUCUGUAAAAAUAAAUAAAAUAGAUUCUAUUUUCAGAAAUCAAUCAAUCAAUCAAUCAAUUUAUUAACGUCAAUACGUGGGAUGGGGUUGCCCCGAUCAUCCAAGCCAGAGGCUCAUGUAUAAAACGUAUGACAAGAAAGAUAAACAUCUCGAGCAUUGGACAGGAAAAAAAUUUGUUUUCCCUUUGGAAUUAGAGCCGGGGGGGAUACUCCUCUCCAAAUGACGGAGUGCUCGUCGGAACAUUUCGGAAACAACCUGGAAAGGAACUAGAAUCACGCCUUUUGGUGGGCGUGGCCCAAGUUCAUUGUCACCUCUAAGAGCUACUAAAUUUGAAAACACAAAUUAACAAACACUGACAAUUUUUAAUAGCAAUAAGUAUUAUUCAGUUGACUGAAGAAUAUCUCUCUAUUUUUAUGGCUCAGUAUAAACCAUAUUAGUAAAAUCCAACUGGUCGUCUAUUAUCAAUUCUUCGUUCUGGUUGGUUGAGCUACUACUAGGCCAUAUGUUAUAGCCCACAAGUAGAGAAUAGCGCCGGCUUUGAAAACCAAACCAAUGGCGGCUGAAUCGCGUUCAGUGCUAGCUAAAGUUGUUUUGUCUCGAUAUUUUUGACCAGCUAGUUGGAUUUUACUAAAAGAAUUAUUCCUCUCGCCCUCAUGGCCUCUGAGUUAAUAGCGCAUUCGGCCUUCGGCCUCAUGGGCUAUUGACUCAGUGCCCAUUCGGGCUCGAGGAAUAAUUGUUACGUAUUUGCCAUAAAGCACGCAUAAAUAAAAAGGUACUGCGAAACUCCGUGUUUAUUUUAGAUUUUAGCAAACUAAGCGUUACCCAUCCACAAUUUUACCCCAUAAAAUAAAUGUACGAUGUACACCCUCGUCAUUUAAUAAGGAUACCCCUAACUGUGAGGCGCUCUACCCACUACACCCUGGAAAUACUCAUGAUAAACAUAGUCGAACGCGAGGCGCGAAAGACGAGCGUAGACCCCUACCCUGGGGUUUCCUAAAAUUUUUCAAACUUGAGCGCUGAAGCAUCAAAUCUCCUGGUCUGUACGACAGAACAAAAAAAGCCUCUGAAAACUGAACGAACAUGGAUAUCCUUUAAACCCAAGAAAGAAUGACCUAAAAACCUUUUUGCAGGUAGCUUUUCUGUUGAUUCUCUGUUUACAUAACUACUCUCACUGCAUAAUUAAUUAGCUCAUUGCAGGGAUUUUGUAUAAUCUGCGCGCAUUCCCCUCGAAAUCGCGCGUGCUUGUAGGGGUUGUAAUGCUCUGCAACCCUCGACUAUAAAUUAGGCCGUGCUGCCUAAAACGUGGUCAUUUUUAAUGAUCGUGAUCCGGGACCACGGCCAAUUUUCGCGACCCGCCCACGUCCCCUGGUUGCGGUUGACAACUUCAGUCGCAGACUUUUCCCAUAACUUAAUAUUACGCGGUGAGGUGAUGAGUAUGCAGUGAGGAUAUAUUACAAAAUAAACGUAACGCCGAUUUUCUUUCUCUUCUGUUCUCAGUUUUCUAGAAGAAGUCCUGCAUUCUACUGGUCACGGAGCGGCAUCUAGAGCCCGAGUGACUUCAGCCAGCGGAAACUACAGAUCAUCUUAUACAUCUUCUUUCUUUUGAACCAUACAAACUAUGCAGGGCUGGAAGUAAUCUGAACAUUUGAUAGUCGUGUUUUCUUUUUCUAGCAUCCUUUACAUUCUGUUCUUCAUAGCUUUGCAAAGUGAGCCCAACAGGCGGUAUACUGUGUUAUUAUUUCAAAUAGAUGAAAUAUGCUCUCUUUUAGAAUAAUCAUGGAGCAAAAAUCGUGAGAAGCCGUCACGGACCGCGAGGGGCUACCUUCAUGAACUCUUGAACACCCUAAGGCUAUGUAAACACUAUACUGCAUACCGUAAAAUUCCGAAAAUAAGCCCCUCCAUGUAUAAGCCCCUCCAAAUAUAGGCCCCCCAAACUCGUAACGCAAAAAACCCUCCGUUAAAUCGCCCCUCCGAAUACAAGCCCUUCCUGGAGCUUGUACUUGGAAAUUGCCCUCAAAUACAAGCAAUACAAAGCAAAAACGGUAAAUUUCCUAACAACUAUAAGGUUAGCCCAAUCGAUUUUGAAACGCAAAUAAGCCCCUCCGAAUAUAAGCCCCUCAAAAAGGACCUUUGAACAAAUACAAGCCCCGGGGCUUAUUUUCGGAAUUUUACGGUACCUUUUCCGGCGUGACGCCACGGAAAGCUAUACGGCAUAGUAUGAACAGCAAGCGGCCCAGGGCGGCACAAAUAGUUCACACACAUCGAGCUCGACGCCGGCGCGGUUGGCCGAGAGGGUUUGGUACGCUUAAUUCCAGUCCUCACUCCAGAAUAUUAAUUUCCAUUUCAGUGGGUUCCAGGUCUCGCUCCUACUUAUUUACUUCUGGUGUUCACACUGCACCAAAGUCCAGUAUGGUUUUCGUGGCGGCACACCGUGGUCAAACGUCUAAAUCGUUAUUUUUGUUUUUUAUUGCUGGGAUUUCAUUUACCAGUUAGAGAAAAAUGGGCAAAGAUGUAUAAAUCAGUUAGUCAACAUAACUAUCUUUCCAUUUUUCUCAAAACUUUGAGAUUUUUUGCUGAAAACGCUUCGCGCUAAAAGAGAAUCAUGUUUGAAAAUGGCGCCGAUAAUAACGACAGCAUCGGUUUUCAAUCACUUAGAACUUUUUUAGUAAACUUUAAAAAAGUUUAGUAAACUAACAGGAUGUUGGUAAUACCUUAAACUUUCGAUAGUGAAAGUAGCAACCUUAACUUUGAAGUAUUUCGCUUAACUUUUGCAAAUUUCACUCGUCUGACCGCUGUGUUUCGUGGCGGCGCGUAUAUAACAAUCGAAAUAUCAAAAAUUCGAACAUAAUCCUCAUCCCC